GGGGGCUUUCGGGUGUCCCUUCAGAGUGUCUCGUCGCGCAGUGCCUUCCAGACGUGUCACGCUGCAGGCGAUCGCACCGAGUGACGAAACGUGACCAGUGUGACUGACUGAGUGUGACUGUGUGACGAGCCCAUGGCACGCGCGUCGCGAUGCACGCCGCCGUCACGGUCCCAGUCGCGACGGGGGCCUCGGUGGUAGCGGGGCCGCGCAAGCCGCGGGACUCGAACGACAACCCUUCAGCAGUAUGCACUCUGUGGCGACGCCCGCAACGCCAGGCGUCGGUCUCGCCAUGGGACAGUCCUCCUCGAGUGAGUCCAAAGGGCUGAAGCGCGCCGGGCCCUACAUGCGGGGCGCGGCCAACUCCUUCGGCUUCCGACGCAACAAGAAGAGCCCCGACGAGAAGGCGGACCUGGAGCAGCGCAACUACAGCCAGGAGGCGCUGUUCAAAGAGCAGCACAAUGUGACGACGGCCAUCAAGGCCAGCCCCAGCCUGGUCAGGUCGUCCAGCAAGGACGGCGCGCCCAACCCCGCCGCCCCCAAGACGAACCGCUUCGGCUUCAGAGCACCCGUCAGUGCGGGUGCCGCUGGCCGCGGGCUGUCCAACAAGGUGGGGGACUCCUUCCAGUCGGGGGUGCUGGCCACCUCCACGCCAAAGCCCGGAACACGCCCCAACUCUUCCCCCGCCAAUGUCGCCAAAAAAGCGUCGCCACCCGUCGCCGCCGGGCGGCCCAGUGUGCGCCCCGCGCCGCCCAAGACGCUGGCCGUGGCCAAGCACGUCCCCGCGGCGGCCAGGGCGCCGGGGUCGCAGCUGCCGCGGCCCCAGUUCGUCGGGCGCGCCGGCAAGGACGCCAAGACCGUGGCCAACUACGGCACCAGGAGAAUGGCGCCGAUCGCGACCUUCGACGACGAGAUCGGCUCCUCCAAGGAGAGCUCCAUGAACGAGGACUCGGGGCUCGGCAGCCAGUUGGCCGGUGACACGGACACCCUGCACGGCAUGGACGUCCUGGACGUCAGCCCGCGGGCCGGCCAGCGCCUGCGUCGCGCCGCCGCGGCCCAGCGGCCCCGGCGCAGCCUGCGCAGCCUGCGCGACGAGGACGACGACCCCAACGUCAUCACCGAGAUCGUCCCCAUCGCCAAGAUGGUGUCCAGGGCCUCGCUCAAGAGCCUCACCUCGCUGGGCGGCCAGAGCGCCUCGCCGCACCUGCUGUCCGUCAGAGGGUCCAUCAAGAGCGCCUCCUCGGACGAGUUCCACACCGACUCCAGCCUGUUCCGCGACUACGGCGAGGGCCUGGACGACCGCACCGAGGCCAAGGUGCUGAUCGACCGCCAGAUGGCGGAGAAGAGGCCGAUGGGCGGCCGCUACAUGAAGGACUACGGCCCCGGCGAGGAGCAGGACGAGGACUGGGGGCAGGGCGAGGCCAUGGCGGACAACGAGUGGCGGGACGUCGUGGGCUCCGUCGUCAUAGACGAGGACGUGAGCUUGAGCUGCGAGAUGAAGGAGCUGAAGACGGCGGCGUCCUGCAAAGCCGACAGCAGCAACCUGGCCGAGCUGGUGGCCGCCUCGGCCGAGCACGGCCUCAUCGAGGACGAGAGCGCGCCGGAGGACAGCCUGUUCAGCAGCAGCCCCGCGUCCACGAGCGACGACUCGCCGUCCAAGCACAGCGCCCACAGCGCGCACAGCGAGGGCAAGGAGGGCCAGGCCCGGCGGAGGGUGCGGACCAAGAAGCGCGAGGGCAAGGACGCGUCCAGGCGCAGCCAGGACGCCAAGCCCAAGGACUCCAACAAGGAGGCCGACAAGGCCACGAAGGAGGCCGACGAGAAGAAGGAGGGCCACCCGGUGAGUCCCGAGGGGUCGGGGACGCCCUCCAACUCCUUCUCGCUGUCCGACGGGCGGGACUUCCUGAUCGACGACGAGAUCGGAGACCAGCCGCAGCUCACCAUCCACAACAAGCUGGACGGGCACGGCGACGACAGCGAGCUGGCCUCCAUCACGGAGAGCGCCGCCUCCAUGACGCUCAGGGACUCGUCGCACCACCAAGCGCUGCCGAGCGGCAUCUCGCGCGCCAUGAAGCAGUCCCGGGGGCUGGACAGCACGGGCAGCAACGCCCCGGGGGCCGGCGCCGACCUCUCGCACCGCCAGGACCGGCAGCUGAGCCGCGACAACACGCUGAGGAUGUCGGCCGCGCGCUUCGGCGGCUCCAUGGACUCGCUCGCCACCAACUCGAUCGACUCGGAGGACCUGAUGAUGGACUUCGAGGAGGACCCCGCCGACAGCACCAAGAGGUACCGCUCCAUCACCAAGUCGUGGGGCGGCUCCCCCGUCCUGUUCUGGCCGCGGCCGCGCAAGGCCAAGAGCCUCAGCGUGGUCGAUCUGGAGGAGCUCAAGAGCAUCAAGACGGACUGCUUGGCCAACAGGGCGCGGAGCCAGAGCUGCGGCACCGAGGACGACGUCGCGGCGGACGAGAAGGGCGAGAAGGACGACGCGCUGGACGGCGACAACGUGCUGCUGGAGCUGUCGUCCCUCAUCGAGAGCAUCACGGGGGCGAGCAGGGAGAGCGACGGCAGCACCUCGUUGCUGGCCAGGCACUCCUCCGUGCACACGCGGUCGCGGCCCACGGCCCAGGCCAACAUCCAGGCCGGACUCAACAGCAGCGGGCCCAGCUCGGCCCCCGACAGCCCCCGGUACAGCCUUGGCUCCAGUGGGGCACCCAGCCCCCUCAGGCCACCCCGCCAGCUUGCAAGCUCAGACAGUGAUGAAUCCGCAAUGAUGAGAGUGGAUCGGGGCACAUAUCAGCACAUGUAUCAGGAUGUGGUUCACAUAAAAACAAUGCUGCUGAAGCUCAAGAGGGUACUUCAAGAGGCUGAGACCUUAAAUCCGUUUGAAAGCUCUCUAAAGAAUGGGUUGUUACAUCAACUCGUGCAUGCAGACGAUUCAGGUGAAGACAGUGAGGGCAGAGUACGGAACCCAGAUGAAGAGGUUGUUGAUCUCAAGAGACAGAUGGUAUUAAUGAAGCAGCAAAUGGAGGAAAAGGAUCGUACAAUCCAGUUGAUGCAAGUUCAGAUGAUGAAGUAUGAGAGGAUAUCCGAUGAUGUCACCGAAAAUGGUCAACCUGCUGACAUGUGCAACGCUGCUACCCAAACUGAGAGGAUGAGACCUGUGUCUGCAGGGCCAUCCUUACUGCAAUCGCUGCCUUCUGAUUCAAAUGGAACACCCCUUGUCAGUUUGACUGAUACAUGGGGCCGCCGAAGUAGGACUCCAGCUAGUGCCAGCAGCAUCGGUGGAAGCCCUGCCGUAGAAAACAGAGCUCCUUCUGCCUCCAGGGUUCCCACUGUGACCUCUAGAAGCAGCAGGAGUGUCACACCAGGACACCAAAGGCUUGGACUUUCACUUGCCUUCACUGGAGAUAGUCCAUCAAGCAUUCCUCUGGUCAAAGGACAUCACCGCAAGACUGGAACUGCUGUAGACUCAGUGCCAAAUACUAGAAGGCCCCCUGUAGUUACGGCAUCUCUGCCACGAAAGGCUGGAACAGGGAUGGCUGCCACUCCGAAACCUUGAUAUUGCAUUCGCUAGCAUCUCUAAGUGCAAGCGUUUUGCAAGCAUCAGCAAACCACCCAAAGCUAGGGCUGUCUAUUUUAAUUUAGCUUCGUAUUAAUGGGGGAAAUUUAAUACAAUAUCUUGUGCAAUUUUUUCUCCCAUACAGUAUUUAUGGCACAAAACAAAUCUAAGUUUUUUGUAUUUAAAGUUAGAAAGUGAUACUCAUUAUUAACUGUUGAGAUGUAUUUUGGUCUCUGUUGAACUGAUAUUAGGCAUCUGUGCGUGUCUCUAGUAUUUUUCUGUGUAAAACACAUUCCUACCUCCCCCUUCUUUAUUUAAAAAAAAAAAGGGUUCAUGGCAGCCUUUGGGAAAUGGAUGUGCAAUGUGUGGAUGUUGUUGAUAGGUUUCUACUACAACUUUAAAUUGUGAUAAAUUGUCAGAGAUAACAGUUGAACCCAUUGGAGAAAGGCGUAUAAGUGUCAAAAUAGGAUAUACAAAUUAUGAAAUCAGACACUUAGUCACCAUCAUGGGCUUAAUUAAACACUCAAAUUAAAUAGUGAAAUUAAAAUAGCCUUUGGUUGGUUGAUAUAAUAUGUGAUGUAGUCUUAUAAAGUAAUGCUAAGUACCUAUUCUCCUUACCAAAUUGACUUUUUCUUUUAGAUGAAACAGUUUUAUGUUAAAAUGAUAGUAAGUUGCUUGUUUUCGUUUCAUUAUUGUGAUCUGUUUUUAUUUCUUGCUAUUUAUAUAUAUAUAUAUAAUGACGUUUUUACUCGCACGUAAUCAUGUUCCUGCUGUUAAAUGUGAUUGUUUUGGUGUUGUUUGGUGGCGUGAUGAGGCAUUUCGGAUAUGACUAACGGUGUAGUCUCCUUCCUUUAGCACCUGCUGUAAUUCUUUUCUUUUUAAACAAAAGCAACAAACAUGUCUUUUACUGAAAUCCCUUACCUGAGCUUAUCAGAUUUUGUAAUUACUGUAAGUGACCCUGUGUGGUUUACAACAUUUUGUCUGUGCAAUAUUGGUUUCAUUAUGUAGCUUUGUUUCCAUACUUUUGUUCUUUAACUAGAGGUGGAGAAAUCCUUCAUAUGGCUCUCAAAAGUGAUCGUCAUAGCAAUCUAGACCUAGGCUUUACUCUAAGCAAGCUUGAUUGCUUUAAGUAGAGAAUUUGAGAGCAUUAAUUUUAAGAUAGGGUCAAACAGUCAUUUUGAUCCCAUUGUUGAUGCAUUUGUCUCACAUGCUUUUUCAUGUUACAAGUGAGUACUCCUUUUCAUUCAAAACAAAUUUUGAUUGAAUUAAAUAUUUUUGAUCUCUUUCUGUCACUUUAAAAUCACAUGUCUCCUAUGUGUUGUUCUUGAUUUAUGAGACAUAUUGUAUUAAUUUCUUUGUACCAGCUAAGAUCUGUACUUAAUCAGGUGAAUUUGCUGCAGAGCACUUAAAUUGCUUAUUGGUGUAAGAGAAAAUUGGAUUAUUGAGUUUAUGAGAUUUGUUGGUGCAAACCUUUUUGUCGAAUCUUCCAAAGCUGUUUGCCAAAUGUGUUAUCCCCCUCUUUUUUUUUCCACAAUUAAUAAGAAUUACUGUUCCAGCAUUGUUUUCUUCGUUUUUGUUGAGCUUUGUUUACACAUUGUUCCUGCCUCUUAUUUUGAAUAUGUAAACAUUUGUAUUUGCUGGGUUUGCUAUCUUUAAGCCACAGCCAUGGUGAUAAAAAAAAAGUCAGUUAUAUUUUA